AUGGCGCAGAUAUUGAAAGAAUCAGAACCAAUGAUAACAUACCUCUGUCGCAUAGAUGGUGGGUCUUCUUCUUCAAUUGACGAUGGUGGGUCUUCUUCUUCAACUGACGAUGGUGAGUCUUCUUCUUCACGUCGUUUGGUCUGCAUGAAAGGUCUCCAAGCGUUGGAGGAAGAAGAAAGACGUUUGGUUUCCAGCGAAUGUUUCGUUCCCAAACGUAAGUGGAGUUUGUGGUGGGUCAGGAGUUUUCAAACGGGUUAA